AAAUAAAUUAAUAUGAUUUCAAUGUAAGACUUUUCUUGAACAUAAUCCCAAUAUAUAGAAUGCAUGUAUACGAUAUUAUUCAUUUGCUCUUAGCCUAAAAGAAUAAGCCAUGGCUAUCAUGAAAAAUCAAUCAGGCUGCUGGUAUGUUCACUUCACAGUGUGCCUGAUAGGUUUUUUGAUAUUUCCAUUGCCUUCUCAAUCUUCAGAUCCUGACCCUUUGCAGGACUUCUGCAUCGCGGACACGAAAGGCACCUUAUCCGUUAACGGAUUUCCUUGCAAGCCUGCCGCAAAUGUCACUUCAGAUGAUUUCUUCUUCGACGGGCUAAGCAAAGAGGGAAAGAUGAGUAUUCCCUUCGGAAGCGUUGCGAGUUCAGGCAACGUCUUGACAUUUCCGGGCCUUAACACGCUUGGGAUCUCAAUGAGUCGAGUCGAUAUUGGUCCUGGAGGACUCAAUCCACCCCACUCCCAUCCUCGGGCAUCCGAGACAGGAGUAGUGAUCAACGGGAGACUCCUCGUGGGAUUUAUAACAACUGGGAAUGUGUUCUACUCCAAAAUCUUGACUCCUGGACAAAUGUUUGUGAUUCCUAAGGGGCUUGUACAUUUCCAGAUGAAUGUUGGGGAAGAGAAGGCCCUGAUUUUCACUGCUUUUAACAGUCAUUUGCCUGGAUAUGUUGUAGCUCCGAGGAGUCUCUUUGCUUCCAAACCUUCUGUUCCUGAUGAUGUUCUAGCAAAAGCUUUCCAAGUUGAAAAAACUGUGAUUGAUGAAAUCAAAUCCAAGUUUGGUGCUUGAUACUGUUUGUUAAGGGAAUUUUUGCCUUUUUCUUCUUUAGCUCAAAAAAGGAAAUAGAGAGAUUCAAAGAAGACAAAUUUCUUGUGUAUUUCACCAGAAAAUCAAUGAAUGAAUUUUCUGAAUAACA